AUGUUUUAUCGCACCAAACGUGCUAGUGCAAUCAUAUACAAACUUUCGCCAUCUGCCUUACCCUAUCAUCUAGGACAUAUCAAGUACACAUUUAGGCUCGCUCUUGCAGCACUCUCUGUUGGCAGCGUUUUUGCGUCGCCCCUUCAAUUAGAAAUUCGCCAAAAUGACAACAGCAGCGACAUCUUGGUCUACGUCGAUUCCAGCCUCCCAAAUCACACCAUCUACUUUCCGAGCGACAUCCCUAUCGCUGACUCGAGCAAAUUUCCGGUUUUCAUCUGGGGCAACAGCGCCUGUAAUAUCGACGGUACUUCGAACCAAGUCUUCCUCAAGCAUGUAGCUGCGAACGGGUUCCUCGCCAUCUCCGAGGGCAUCAUGGCGCCAGACAACGUGCCGCAUGACGGUGUCCUGAGCAUGCAAGGCCCGUCCAACGACAAGACGAUGAAGCAGGCUAUUGACUGGAUUUACAAACACGCUAGAAAAGGCAGAUACGCAAAUGUGGACGCAAGCAGGAUUAUGGCAGCGGGCAUCUCGUGUGAUGGGCUGGAAGCUGCUUUUAAUCUGCCUGAUAAGCGAGUUGCUAUUGUCGGAAUUCUCAGCUCUGGCCUUUACUAUAACGAUACGUUUCAUCUGGCAUCUACGUGGAAGAAGCCAAUUCUUUUCGUUAUGGGUGGCCGGACCGAUCAAGUAACCCCCAAUGCUGAACACGACUUCAAGAAUAUUCCUGCUGGUACUCCCAAAUGGAAGGGAAUCCUGCCUCUUGGCCACCUCGGCGACAUUUCGCAACCCAACGGCGGCAUGUUUGGCAAAGCUACUCUGAACUGGGCACUAUUGAACCCCAAGGGCUCCGGGGAUGCUGCUCAGUAUUUCAAGAGCGGAUGGCAGGCUGAUGGAUGGGACGUGGCGUCUGCGGACUUGAAUAAGCUGAAGACUGUUGGACGUCAUUGGAAUCUAUCAUCCUGA